AUGGGCGGGAGAAAAGGCAAAGCGCCCCGGUGCCCCGAGGGGCCUGAGAGGCGGGACUCGGGGGAGCAGGAGUCCGGCGGCAGCCAGAGCGGCGGGGCUCCCGAGCUGGGGCCCAACUCAAAGCAAAACGACGCGGGCUCGGGAGGCACCCAGGCCGGGCCGGAGGCGGCGCUGGAGCAGGGCGAGCCCCGGAGCAGCGACGGCGGGAGCGGCCACGAGCCGCGCCCCGAACCCCGGAGCCGGGAAGGGUCGUUGGGGUUGGGGACAGGGCCCCAGGCAGCCACUGAGGAUUCCGGGACAGACACGGACUGGAGCCCGGAGGAGGCCGGGUCUGGACGGGGCCCGCGGACAGCCCCAGGACCCGGGAGCCGGGUCACGGAGGCCGAAGAGGCUGAGCCGGGCUGGAAAGGCACGACCUCCGGCUCCCUCGAGGGCAUCCUCGCGGGCGUCCCCAAGAGCUCGCGGGCUUCUCGGGACCCCAGGCAGGCCGGGGACACAAGGGACAAGGGGGCGCAGCCGGAGACUGAGCCCGGAGGAGCCAAGGCCUCGACUGCCAGGGCUCCGCGCCUCCAGGUCGUCGAGGUGUUGGGGAAGGUGCCAGCAGCGGGGAGCGACAGCGACAGCGACAGUGACAGCGAGGCAGGGGAUGCAGGGGGAGACGGGCCGGGGGACCCAGCGCCGCUGGCCGCCCUCGUGGCGCUCCACCGGCUCCGCGCGAAGGGGCGCAGGGCGAGCGGAGGAGGGGAGGCCGGGCCGCGCCGCGGUUCUCUCCUCGGCCAGACUCCCCCCGACGAGCCCCCGCUGGGCGGGAGCGGCUCCGGCAGCGAAGCGGAGCCCGAGAGCUUGGAAGCCGAGGCCCCGCUGCACUGGGCGCAGGGCUCCGACGCCCGCGAGGACCCCGGGCUUGGCACAGACGCGCUGCUGCCCCGACUCACUUUGGAGAGGCGCCCGGGCCCCUGUCGGUCCCAGAGGGAGCGAUGGGAGCCCGAGGACGAAGCUGAGGAAGCGCUGGAGAGGGACCUGGAGCUGAGCCUUGGGUCGGGCCUGGGGGCGCUGUCCUUUCCCGGUGCCGACGGCAGGAGCCCAGGCGCCGCCCUGGAGGACACCGAGGACCUGGCCCGGCUGCGACCGCUGUGUGACAGCUCCGUGCUGCUGUGUCUGAAGAAGAGGUUUCACCUGGGCCGAAUCUACACCUUUGGGGGGCCCCUCCUGCUCGCUCUGAACCCCCGCUGGCCCCUGCCUCUCUUCUCACCUGAGGUCCUGGCCACCUACCGCCCCAGGAAGACCCCCAAUACCACCCCACACAUCUUUGCCAUCGUGGCAUCGGCCUAUAGCCUCUCUCAGAGCACUGGGCAGGGCACAUGCAUUCUCCUCAGUGGGCACAGCGGCUCAGGGAAGACAGAAGCUGCCAAACAGAUCGUGCGGUUCCUAAGCAGCCUGGAGCAGGAGCAGAUGAGGGACAGAGGGUGUCAGCUGAACGAUUUGCUGCCCUUGCUGGGCAGCUUUGGCCAUGCCAAGACAGUCCUCAAUGCCAACGCCAGCCGCUUCGGCCAGGUCUUAUGCCUCUGCCUGCAGCAUGGGGUCAUCGUGGGAGCUUCUGUGUCACACUAUCUGCUUGAGACCUCGAGGGUGGUGUUCCAGGCCCAGACUGAGCGGAGUUUCCAUGUUUUUUACGAGCUGCUGACAGGGCUGGACCCCAUGGAACGGGAGCAGCUGUCCCUGCAGGAGCCGGAGACUUACUACUACCUCAACCAGGGCCGGGCCUGCAGGCUCCAGGGCAAGGAGGAUGCCCAGGACUUCACAGCACUGGUGAAGGCCCUGCAGGCGCUGGGCUUGUGCCCCGAGGAGUUGACUGCAGUCUGGGCCAUGCUGGCCACCAUCCUGCAGCUGGGCAACAUCUGCUUCUCCUCAUCAGAGAGGGAGUCCCAGGAGGUGGCUGCCCUGUCCAGCUGGGCUGAGAUCCACACAGCAGCCCGGUUGCUGCGGGUGCCGCCCGAGCGCCUGGAGGGGGCUGUCACCAGGAGGGUCAUGGAGACUCCUUAUGGCCCGGCCUCAAGAUCCCUACCCGUGGAGAGUGCCAUUGAUGCCAGGGAUGCCCUGGCCAAGGCCCUGUACUCACGGCUCUUCACCUGGCUUCUGGAGAAGACCAACACGCUGCUGGCCCCCCCCGGGGAGGGAGGCAGCAUGAACACCAUCACUGUCGUGGACGUCUAUGGCUUUGAGGCACUGCGGGUGAAUGGCCUAGAGCAACUGUGCAACAACCUCGCCAGUGAGCGUCUCCAGCUCUUCUCCAGCCAGAUGCUGCUGGCCCAGGAGGAGGAGGAGUGCCGGCGAGAGUUGCUGCCCUGGGUGCCCAUCCCCCAGCCUCCGAGGGAGUCCUGCCUGGACCUCCUGGUAGACCAGCCCCACAGCCUCCUGAGUAUCCUGGAUGCCCAGACCUGGCUGUCCCAGGCCACAGACCACACCUUUCUCCAGAAGUGCCACUAUCACCACGGCGCCCACCCCUGCUACGCCAAGCCCCAGCUGCCCCUUCCUAUCUUCACCGUGAGGCAUUACGCGGGGACUGUCACCUAUCAGGUUCACAAAUUUUUAAACAGAAACCGGGAUCAUCUUGACCCUGCCGUGGUAGAAAUGCUUGCCCAGAGCCAGCUCCAGUUGGUGGGCAGCCUAUUCCAGGAAGCAGAGCCCCCGGUCAGGGGAGGGCGAGGCAAACCCACACUGGCCUCUCGAUUCCAGCAGUCCCUGGGGGACCUCAUAGCCCAGCUGGGCAGGAGCCGUGUCUAUUUCAUCCAAUGCCUCAACCCCAACCCCGGAAAGCUUCCAGGCCUCUUUGAUGUGGGCCACGUGGCCAAGCAGCUGCGCCAGGCAGGUACCCUGGAGGCCGUCGGUGCCCGCAGUGCCAACUUCCCUGUGCGUGUGCCCUUCCAGACCUUCCUGGCCAGGUUCCGGACCCUGGGGACAGGGGUGCUGGGAGAGCCCUCUGACAGGGAGAGGUGUGGCGCCAUCCUGAGCCAGGUGUUAGGGGCUGAGUCGUCCCUCUGUCACCUUGGAUCCACCCAGAUCCUGCUGCAGGAGCCGGGCUGGCAGCAACUGGAGCAGCACUGGGCCCAGCGUCGCUCCCAGGCGCUACUUAUCCUGCACCGCGGCCUCCGGGCCUGCAUCUCCCACCAGCGCCUUCGCCUCCUGCCGCGGAUGCAGGCUCGUGUGCGGGGGCUCCAGGCCAGGAAGCGGUACCUCCGGCGGCGGGCGGCCCUGGGGCAGCUGAACACGGUCCUGCUGGCAGCCCGGCCCCUGCUCUGGAGAAGGCGGAGGCUGCAGCUUGGGCAUUGGUCUGGCUGGCACGACGGCGGGUCCUCCGAGAGCGUGCCAAGCAUGGAGCUGGAGCGCCUGGAGAUCCCCGCUGAGCUGGCCCUCAUGCUGAGAAAAGAGGAAGGCCGUCAGCACGCACUGGCCCAGAGCAUCACCGAGGCCAAGCCCCCAGAAGUUCCUGCCCGGCCCAGCCUAACGCUGCCACCGGACAUCAACCAGUUUCCCUUCUCCAGCUUCAUCCCCAUCGGCUUUCAGGAGCCAUCUCUGCCCAGCCCUGGGCAGCUUCUGGCUAAGCCCCUGACCCGACUGGACGGUGAGAACCCUCAGCAUGCCCUGGAUAUUAACAAAGUGAUGCUGAGGCUCCUGGGGGAUGAGUCCCUGCCAGCCUGGCAGGAACAGACCAUGGGCACGUACCUGGUGAGGCAGGGGCAGCGCCGGCCAGGGCUGCGAGAUGAGCUCUUCAGCCAGCUCGUGGCCCAGCUUUGGCACAACCCCAGUGAGCAGCAGAGCCAGCGCGGCUGGGCCCUCAUGGCGAUCCUGCUCAGCGCCUUUCCCCCAACGCCCGCCCUUCAGAAGCCGCUGCUCAAAUUUGUGUCCGACCACGCCCCCAGCGGGAUGGCAGCACUGUGCCAGCACAAGCUGCUGGGGGCCCUGGAGCAGACGCGGCUAGCCCCCGGGACCACCCGCACCCACCCACCCACUCAGCUCGAGUGGACAGCCGGAUGGCGGCGAGGCCGCAUGGUGCUGGACGUCUUCACUCUCAACGAUGAGUGCUUCUCAGCAGAGGUGGAGUCCUGGAUCACGGGGGAGCAAUUUGCCGGGUGGAUUCUGCAGAGCAGAGGCGUGGAGGGGCCCCCCCGUGGCUGGUCCGUGUCACUGCAUUCCGGGGACUCCUGGCAGGACUUGGCUGGCUGUGACUUCGUGCUGGACCUGAUAGGGGAGACCGAGGACCUGGGGGAUCCUGCUGGUCCCCCCAGCUACCCAAUUGCUCCCCGAAGCUUAGCCGAGGACAUCCCUCCUGCCCCUGGCAUCCAGGCCCCCUCACUGUCCCUAGGUCCCCCUCCAGGUCCAGCCCCAGCACUACCUAGCAGGGGCCACACAGGUGAGUCCCGGACCUCAGGAAGCCUGGAUAGCUACCUGGACAACAUCUUCGAGCCAGUCCUCUCCCCAGGCCUCAGCGAUCUGGAGCAAGUCAGGGCUCUGAGCAGCCGCAUGAAGGGAGGGGGCUCCAUCGGGCCCAUGCAGCAAGGAAGCUACCCCAUGAUGUACCCAGGGAUGAUGCAGAUGCCUGGAUACCAGCCGGCUAUGAUGCCUGCGCCCAUGCCCAUGAUGCCAGCAAUGGGCGGAGUCCCUGCCAUGCCAGCCAUGGUGAUGCCGCCACAGCCACAACCACAGCCCUUGCUUCCCAGCAUGGACGCAAGGCAGCUGGCGACUCAGCAGCAGAACUUCAUCAACCAGCAGGCGCUGAUCCUGGCCCAGCAGAUGACUGCCCAGGCCAUGUCCCUGUCACUAGAGCAGCAGACACAGCAGCUCCAGCGUCAGCGCCAGGCCCAGGCAACUCCAGCCGUUGCCCCCAAGCCCAAGAAGCCCCAAGCCCCCCGAGAGGAGCCAGAACCUGAACUGGAGCUGGAGACCUCGCAGGAGACUUCUCAGGAGACCUCGCAGGACGAAGGCAGGCACAAGAGCUUCCAGCAGAAACGGAACUAUUUCCAGAAGAUGGGGCAGCAGCAGAUCAAGGUGAAGAUGGUGAAGCCUCCGGCCAAGGUGCAGAUCCCCCGAGGGGAGGAGCAGUUGGAGGAGCAGGAAGAGGAGGAACCCAGAGCAGUGCCAUCUCCUCCGGCCCCAGUAGUGAAGAAGCCACUGACACAAGGUGGGACCAAAGCUGUACUGAAGGCUGAGGCAGAGCCGGCCCAGGAGGCGGAGCCUGGCCGUGGUCCCAGGCAGGCGCAGGGCAGACAUGCAGUAGAGAGCUCGGACCGCCCGAGCCAACCUAGCAGGGAGAUCCGUAACAUCAUCCGCAUGUACCAGAGCCGCCCAGCCCCUGUGCCUGUGCCUGUGCAGCCGACCAGGAAGCCCCCCCAACCUUUCCUGAAGAAAAACAACCCUAAGGACGAGGCUCUGGCUAAGCUGGGGAUCAGUGGUGCCCACUCGCCCUCCUCGAUGCUGUCCCCCAGCCCAGGGAAGGGCCCUCCACCGGCUGUGGCCCCUCGACCCAAGGCCUCACCACGGCUCAGGACCUCCAACUCCAUCAGGGAGAAGCAGGGGCCCCUUCAGCAGCUGUUCGGCCAGAACCCACCCACUGGCCAUGCACCCCCACUUCCACCAGCACCCCCACUGCUUCCACCUGGGGACUCGGCGACCCCUUCAGCUGGGCCUUGUGGCAGAACAGAGCCCAUGGGGGACCAGGGGAUCAGCACCCAGCUGCUCCUGCCCUCUGGCAGCGUGUGCUUCUCCUAUACCAGUGCGCCCUGGAGGCUGUUCCUGCGCAAGGAGGUCUUCUACCCCCGGGAGAACUUCAGCCAUCCCUACAACCUCAGGCUCCUCUGUGAGCAGAUCCUGAGGGACACCUUUUCUGAGUCCUGCACCCGGAUCUCCCAGGAUGAGCGGUGGAAAAUGAAAGACCUGCUGGGAGACCUGGAGGUGGGUCUGGACUCACUGGACACCACUGAGGACAGUGUCAAGAAGCGUAUCGUGGUGGCCGCUAGGGACAACUGGGCCAAUUACUUCUCCCGCAUCUUCCCCGUCUCGGGCGAGAGUGGCAGCAAUGUGCAGCUGCUGGGCGUGUCGCACCGGGGCCUGAGGCUGCUCAAGGUGACCCAGGGCCCCAGCAUCUACACCCCCCAGCUGAAGACUCUCUGCUCAUACAGCUUUGCUGAGGUGCUGGGUGUGGAGUGCCUAGGUGACUCCACCCUGGAGCUGACGCUGAAGAGUGAGCAGCUAGUGCUGCACACGGCUGGGGCCCGGGCCGGGGCCAUCAAGGCCAUGGUGGAGCUCUUCCUGGGCGAGCUCAAGAAGGACUCUGGCUACAUGGUCGCCUUGCGAAGCUACGUCACUGAUGACUGCAGCCUCCUGAGCUUCCACCGCGGGGACCUCAUCAAGCUGCUGCCAGCGACCAAUCUGGAGCCAGGCUGGCAGUUUGGCUCCACCGGGGGCCGCUCCGGACUCUUCCCUGUGGACAUCGUGCAGCCGGCUGCUGCCCCCGACUUCUCCUUCUCCCCGGGGCGGAGCGCUGACCGGCGCAAGAGUCAGCUGCUGCUCGGAGAGCCGGGCCCAGCUCAGAGGGAAAGGGUGCUGGAGGGCCCCUCCCGACCCCAGAGCCGGGCACAUAGUGACAACUCGGAGGCCAGCAGCCUGCCCUUCUCUGCGGUCUCUGCUGCUCUGUCCAUGGACUCCCACAACUACACCAUGCAGGAAUUUGCUCUGAGAUACUUCCGGAAUCCCCAGCCCUUGCUGGCCCAGGCAGGUGGAGGCGCUCAGGGGAAGGCCAUGACCAGCCUGGUGCAGUACACCAAGGUUCCCAUCCAGGAGUCCCUCAUCGACUUCGCUGAUGAGGACAUGAACAGGCAGGCUGUGGAGAGCUUCCAGCUUCUGAUGCAAUUUAUGGGGGACCAGCCUAAGCCCCGGGGCAAGGAUGAAAUGGAUCUCCUCUAUGAGCUGCUGAAGGUAAGCAGAAAAGAGAACCUCCGGGAUGAGAUUUACUGCCAGGUCGUCAAGCAGGUCACAGGACAUCCCCGCAGAGAACUCUGUGCUCGAGGCUGGAGCUUCCUCAGCCUCCUCGCCGGCCUCUUCCCCCCGUCAACCACGCUGAUGCCCUACGUGACCAAGUUUCUGCAGGAUUCGGGCAGGACUCAAGAGCUGGCCCAGAGCAGCCAGGAGCACCUCCAGCUCACAGUCAAAUACGGGGGGCGCCAGCGACUGCCAUCCCCGGGUGAAAUGAAGGCCUUCCUGGAAGGGAAAAAGGUGCGCCUGCUUCUGAUCCACCUGCCCGGAGGCGUGGAUUACAAGACCAACAUCGGGACUUUCACCGUGGUAGCAGAGGUGCUGGAGGAGCUGUGCUGGAAGAUGGGCAUCACAGACCCUGAGGAGAUGCAGGAAUUCGCCCUGUUUGUCAUCCAAGGGGAAGGCCAGCUGGUGCGGCCCCUGAGGCCCCACGAGUACCUCAACAACGUGGCUGUGGACCCGGAUAUUAGCCUGCACAGCCGGCGGCUCAGCUGGGACACCCGGCUGCACUUUGAUAACCCCACCUACAUCAGCACCCACUACAGCCAGGUGCGGCGGGACUACCUGCAGGGGAAGCUGUUGAUCAGCGCCCAGGCAGGUGCCCAAGUUGCUAUGCUGGCUGCCCUGCAGCACAUCAGCAGGGCCCACGAGGAGCCCCCCUCAGAGCACGAUCUGUUGACUUACUUGCCGAGGCCGCUGCAAAAUCAGGUAAACGUGGCCACCAUGAGGAGCCUGGUGGACCGGGAGCUGAGGCAGCUUCGAGGGUGCAGCUCCCAGGAAGCACAGAUCAGCUUCAUCGAGACUGUGAGCCAGCUGCCCCUCUUUGGUUACACUGUCUACGUGGUGCUGCGUGUCAGCGACUUGACCAUGCCCCGACCCAGCCUCCUGGGACUGAACCGCCAGCACCUCAUCCUCAUGGACCCCAGUUCCCAGACACCAUGCUGCUCCAUCGCCCUGAGAGACCUGCAUCGGCUCCAUCUGCUGAGCCCCCUGGAUGAAGGGGGGCCCCCUGGCCUGGAACUCAAUUAUGGCUCUGCUGACCACCCCCAGACCAUCUGGUUUGAGCUGCCGCAGGCCCAGGAGCUGAAGCACACCAUCAUCUUCCUGCUGGACCACGGUGCCACUUCCAUCUAGUGGCUGGUCUCACCCAACGGGGGAAGUGAGGAGGAAAGGGCCCCUCCCUGGGUCAAAUCUCAUCCGAUGGUCUCCCUUGGGUACUGUCAGGUCACUCUGGAUUGGACUUCAUGGCUUGACUGUUCUGGAACCUGCCCAGCAUGGCCCAGCUGGCCCAUAUGGUGGCCAUGAGGGAGGGGCUGCUAUAGUGAUAUCACCAGGGAGAGUCACGAGACUCUCUCCGGGGCAUGUGAGGGGCUGUAGGAACUCGGCUUGGGCAUCUGAUGUUGCUCAGUCUGGGGGAGAUGCCCACCUGGCCCCGGCUCAUCAGCACGAACCCAGACCUGGGAGAAACAGCUGCCGCGGAAAUAAAACUCGUGUGAGAAAAAGGCUAUGUGAGCAUCUCAGAACUUUAUUCCUUUGGUAGCCAUCUCGGCCCAGCCUGGCCUUGCGGACCCGAGCCGAGCG